AUGUUCCCAUCAUAUUACAUAGACGUCGACACAGCAAACGGAGAUAGUCCUACGACAGAGGCCCAGCCGACAGAGGACGUCCUGUACGCCACGAUCGAUCAUGGCAACAGCAGCUGCAAGAGAGGGAAAAACGAGGCAGCGAGGGCCGUGGAGGUCGAUGACUGCGACUACGCCAUCGUCCGAAUCCCCACUAAGGGCAUGGUGAAAAUAAAAGAGGACGGCUCAGACGACUAUGUGCUCAUGGGAUGAGACGGCAGUACGGUGUCCCAUUAGGGUCAUAAAGGAUGGGUAGAAACACUGGACUGAUAUAAUGAGCAAACAUUCAGAUGUAUGGAGGACGUCUACUGCCGUGUCAGACACAAAGAGUUGCUCAUUUAACUGAUGUGGUUGGUAUAAUGAAAAAGUUCAUGAGGACUGCAAUUUUUUCUGCAUCAUACAAAUGUUCACAUACAUUCACAUAUUUUUGUACAGUACAGCCACAGCAUAAAUAGCCUACUGUGAACUGUAUCUUUUCACGUUCUACAACACUGCACAAGCACACACACACACACACACACACACACACAC